AUGCCUCGCUCUCAAAAAAAUGAUAAUUUUAUUGAUAAAACUUUUACAAUUGUUGCAGACAUUUUACUCCGAAUAAUUCCAACUACACAAAGGGAAAAAGAAGCUUUUACUUAUUAUAGAGAUGGAAUGUCAGCUCAAUCUGAAGGAGAAUAUGCGGAAGCUUUACAAAAUUAUUAUGAAGCUAUGCGCUUAGAAAUUGACCCUUAUGAUCGAAGUUAUAUACUAUACAAUAUAGGUCUUAUUCAUACAAGUAAUGGAGAACACGCAAAAGCUUUAGAAUAUUAUUUUCAGGCUUUAGAACGAAAUCCAUCUUUACCACAAGCUUUCAAUAAUAUGGCUGUAAUCUGUCAUUACCGAGGAGAACAAGCUAUUCAGCAAGGAGACUCCGAGACAUCCGAAGCUUGGUUUAACCAAGCAGCAGAUUACUGGAAACAAGCAAUAGCAUUGGCCCCAAGUAAUUAUAUUGAAGCACAAAAUUGGUUAAAAAUAACAGACCGUUUGAAAUAA